CACUCUCAUCAUCAGUUUCAUCCCACUCUCAUGGAAUCAUCAACAUCUCCAAUCAAAGUUCAUCAAGUUCUUUCAAUAGCACCACAAAAUGAAACCUUUCCAACCACUUUUCCCUUAACUUUCUUUGACACACUAUGGGUAAGACUCCCACCAGUUGAACGUCUCUUCUUCUAUGAACUCCCAAAUGUAUCAACCACUUCUUUCUUUGAUUCAAUUCUUCCAAAUCUCAAACACUCUCUUGAACUCACACUCCAACACUUCCUCCUUCUUGUUGGUAACAUCAUAUGGCCACAAGAUUCAUCACAUCCCAUCAUCAACUAUGUCCCUAGUGAUUCCAUUCCCUUAAUUGUAGCUGAGUCAAAUGAAAAUUUCAAUAUUUUAUGUUCCAAUCUUUGUGAAGUUGAAAAAAGAAAAAACUUAAUCCCAAGUUUGGAAAUUUCACAUGAAAAAGCAUCAAUUAUUUCACUACAAGUCACUUUUUUUCCUAACCAUGGAUUUUGUAUUGGUAUAACCACACACCAUGCAGCUGUUGAUGGAAAAUCUUCAACCUUGUUUAUGAAAGCUUGGUCUUAUUUUUGUUCCAACCUUGAAAAAAACACACCCUCUUUGUUUUUACCUCAAAAUCUAACACCUUUUUUUGAUAGGUCCAUUAUAAAAGACCCUUUAGGAAUAAAUGAAAUUCAUUCAAAAAAAUGGAUGAAUUUUGGUGGAGAAACAAAUAAUCGUAGCUUAAAGGUUUGGCAAACAAUAAGUGCAACAAAAGGUGAAGCAAUCAAAGGUUUGUUUGAAUUAUCACUUUUGGAUAUUCAAAAGCUUAAGAAAUAUGCACAAUCUAAGGUUGAAAAUAAAAAGGUUUCAACUUUUGCGGUUACAUGUGCUUAUUUGUUGUCAUUAGGGGUUAAAGUUGACCAACAAAAACCCAAUAAGGCAUUUUUGGUUUUUGCUGUUGAUUGUAGGUCACGCUUGGAUCCACCAAUUAAUGAAAAUUAUUUUGGGAAUUGUAUUGUGUCAAGAUUAGUUGUGCAUGAAACUGAGGCAUUGUUGGAAGAUGGUGGGUUUAUUAGUGCUCUUAAAGGGAUAAUUGAUGUGUUGAAUGAUUUGGAAAAUGGUGUGUUAAAUGGUUUGGAAAAUUGGAUGUCAAUGAUGCAAUCUAAAACAUCUAGAACGGAUGAGACUUAUAAGAUUUUUUCUAUUACCGGGUCACCUAGGUUUGAGGUGUAUAGUUUUGAUUUUGGGUGGGGUAAGCCUAAGAAAGUUGAUGUUACUUCGGUUGAUAGACCAGGAGCUUUUUAUCUUUCGGGAAAUAGGAAUAAUGAUGGUGGAAUUGAGAUUGGUUUGACUUUGAACAAGCAACAAAUGGAAGAUUUUGCUCGACUUUUUGUUCAAGGACUUGAAUCCUUGUAAAUUUGAAGGAUUUACAACACUCACACAUCUUAGAUAUCAAUUUUGUUAGAUCGAAUUAAUGAAUGUUAUGCCAUGUUCCAUCUACUUUUUCUCUCAAUGUUUUUCUUUUACAAGAAUGGUUUCUCUCAAAAUAGAUAUUUUUUUUUAGA